UGAUUCCUCCUCUCUUUCCUUGCUCCCCACGCCUGCACCAAAAGCGACCUCCACUCGAUUCUAGGGUUUCCUCCGCCUCCGCCUCCGCCUCCGCCUCUUCGUCUCUCUCGUCCUCCUCCUAUUCCCCAGAAACCCUAGCUCCGAGCGGACCCCUACUCAUCCCUCUCGGCUCCUCGGCAUGGGAACUCCGGAGACGUCGCGCGAGCCGUGCCCCGACCGGAUCCUCGACGAUGUCGGCGGCGCCUUCGGGAUGGGCGCCGUGGGGGGCUCGGCGUUCCACUUCAUCAAGGGCCUCUACAACUCCCCCAACGGCGAGCGCCUCGCGGGGGGCGCCCAGGCCGUGCGGAUGAACGCGCCGCGCGUCGGCGGGAGCUUCGCCGUGUGGGGCGGCCUCUUCUCCGCCUUCGACUGCUCCAUGGUCUACCUCCGCCAGAAGGAGGACCCCUGGAACUCCAUCAUCGCCGGCGCCGCCACCGGCGGCUUCCUCCAGAUGCGCCAAGGCGCCGGCCCCGCCGCGCGCUCCGCCCUCUUCGGCGGCGUCCUCCUCGCGCUCAUCGAGGGCGCCGGGAUCAUGCUCAACCGAUUCCUCGCCGUGCCACAGAACCUCCCGCCGAUGAUGGAGGAGCCCGCGCCGGCGGGCGGCGCCGGAGGGUUCUUGCCGCCGGGAGUGGUUCAGCCGCCGCUGCCGCUGCCGCAGUCGCCUGCGGCGGCGGCGGUGGAGGAGGAUACGGGUGGUCGGUCGUGGUUCGGAGGUUUCUUCGGCGGCGAUAAGAAGAAGGAGGGCGCGAAAAGCGGAAUCGGAGGUGGGAAAACUGAGAUUUUGGAGAGCUUUGAUACUCCCAGCGCGCCGAUCCCGAAUUUUGAGUAUAAGUAGGGUUAAGAUUUUGGAGGUUUUCUUUGGGAGCGGUCUCGAAGGCGAUAUGUGAUUGCAUGUUAUACAAUUUCCGUGGAGCACUGGAGUUUGAAGAAGUUGAAGAAGCCGUGAGAGAUAUAUUAUUAGUCUGAUAAAAGUAUCUAAUUGCAAUUUUUUUGUUUUGUAUUUGUUGACAACUAUCAUCUUAGUCAGUUAGCUGUAACACAUCAAAAUGUUGCACACUUCUGAGAUCGAAGCAUAUGGAAAAUAAAUAUUCCUCCUAGAAAUUUGCUUAUUUAUUUGUGCUGUUGCGGUGCAACAGAGAUGAUGUAUAACAGCAUAAAUGGAAGUUGCUUUGUUGCUGAAAAAAAAAAAUCUACAUGAAUUAGGGGCUGUUUGGUUGGAUGUAAUUAAAAAUGCAAUGUGGUUGGAGAUGCAAUAAUUAUAAUUACGUAUGCCUCGUUUGGUUUGGUGCAAUAGAAAGUAUUACAAUUAUAUUAAA